AUGUCUCGGGGAGUGAUCCAGCCCAGCCAGCAGAAACUGGCAGAAAAACUCACCAUCCUCAACGACAGAGGCAUCGGGAUGUUGACCCGUGUUUACAAUAUCAAAAAGGCAUGCGGCGACCCCAAGGCUAAGCCGUCGUAUCUCGUCGAUAAGAACUUGGAGUCUGCGGUUAAGUUUAUCGUCAGGAAGUUCCCCGCCGUGGAGACACGGAAUAAUAACCUGGCUCAGCUGCAGAAGGAGAAGUCAGAGAUUCUGAAGAAUCUGGCUCUUUACUAUUUUACCUUUGUAGAUGUGAUGGAGUUUAAGGACCAUGUGUGUGAACUGCUGAACACCAUUGACGCCUGCCAGGUCUUCUUUGAUAUUACGGUGAACUUUGACCUGACCAAGAACUACCUGGACUUGGUUGUGACUUACACUACUCUGAUGAUAAUACUGUCUCGCAUAGAGGAGAGGAAAGCCAUCAUAGGCCUGUAUAACUACGCUCAUGAGAUGACGCACGGAGCCAGCGACCGUGAGUACCCCAGGUUGGGCCAGAUGAUCGUGGAUUAUGAAAACCCUUUGAAGAAGAUGAUGGAGGAGUUUGUUCCACACGGAAAGUCCCUGUCAGACGCGUUGAUCAGUCUUCAGAUGGUCUAUCCCAGGAGGAAUCUGUCCGCUGACCAGUGGAGGAACGCCCAGCUGCUCUCUCUCAUCUCCGCUCCCUCCACCAUGCUCAACCCCGCACAGUCAGACACUAUGCCAUGUGAAUACCUUUCACUGGACACAAUGGAAAAAUGGAUUGUCUUCGGUUUCAUCCUGUGCCACGCGGUGCUGAACAGCGACGCCGCGGCGUUGUCUUUGUGGAAGCUGGCUCUGCAGAGCUCCACCUGCCUCUGUCUGUUCAGGGAUGAAGUCUUCCACAUCCACAAGGCUGCAGAGGAUCUGUUUGUCAACAUCAGAGGGUACAACAAACGCAUCAAUGACAUCAGAGAGUGCAAGGAACAGGCCCUAUCUCAUGCAGGCUCCAUGCACAGAGAGAGACGCAAGUUUCUCAGAUCGGCUCUGAAGGAGUUGGCAACAGUCUUAGCCGACCAACCUGGACUACUAGGUCCAAAGGCGUUAUUUGUGUUCAUGGCGCUGUCGUUCGCCCGUGAUGAGAUCAUCUGGCUGCUUCGACACGCAGACAACAUCCAGAAGAAAAGCACAGAUGACUUCAUAGACAAACACAUAGCAGAGUUGAUCUUCUACAUGGAGGAGCUCAGAGCUCAUGUCAGGAAGUACGGUCCAGUGAUGCAGAGAUACUACGUCCAGUAUCUGUCUGGCUUUGAUGCUGUGGUGCUGAACGAACUGGUGCAGAACCUGUCUGUGUGUCCAGAGGACGAGUCAAUAAUCAUGUCGUCAUUCGUCAACACUAUGACCUCCCUCAGUGUCAAACAAGUGGAGGACGGAGAGGUGUUUGACUUCAGAGGCAUGAGACUGGACUGGUUCAGACUGCAGGCUUACACCAGUGUCUCUAAAGCCAGUCUCGGUAUAGCUGAUCACAAGGAGCUCGGUAAAAUGAUGAACACCAUCAUCUUCCACACAAAGAUGGUGGACUCUCUGGUGGAAAUGCUGGUGGAGACAUCAGACCUGUCCAUUUUCUGCUUCUACAGCCGUGCGUUUGAGAAGAUGUUCCAGCAGUGUCUGGAGCUUCCCUCCCAGAGCCGACACUCCAUCUGCUUCCCUUUGCUUUGCACACACUUCAUGUCCUGCACACACGAGCUUUGUCCUGAGGAGCGUCACCACAUAGGGGAUCGAAGCCUGUCGUUGUGUAACAUGUUUCUGGAUGAGAUGGCCAAACAGGCCAGAAACCUGAUCACUGACAUCUGCACUGAACAAUGUACACUCAGCGACCAGCUGCUUCCCAAGCACUGCGCGAAAACCAUCAGCCAGGCCGUGAACAAGAAGAGUAAGAAGGCGACGGGGAAGAAAGGGGAGCCGGAGAGAGAGAAACCGGGAGUGGAGAGCAUGAGGAAGAACAGACUACUGGUCACCAAUCUGGAUAAACUCCACACAGCGUUAUCUGAACUCUGCUUCUCCAUCAACUACGUUCCCAACUUGGUGGUCUGGGAGCACACGUUCACACCCAGAGAGUACCUCACCUCGCACCUGGAGAUCCGAUUCACCAAGUCUAUAGUGGGGAUGACUAUGUACAACCAGGCUACCCAGGAGAUAGCCAAACCCAGCGAGCUGCUGACCAGCGUGCGGGCCUACAUGACCGUGCUGCAGUCCAUAGAGAACUACGUCACCAUCGACAUCACCCGGGUCUUCAACAACGUCCUCCUGCAGCAGACGCAGCACCUGGACAGCCACGGGGAGCCCACCAUCACCAGUCUGUACACAAACUGGUACUUGGAGACGUUGCUCCGUCAGGUCAGUAACGGACACAUCGCUUACUUCCCCGCCAUGAAGGCCUUCGUCAACCUGCCCACAGAGAACGAACUCACUUUCAAUGCCGAGGAAUACUCUGACAUCUCUGAGAUGCGUUCUCUGUCGGAGCUGUUGGGGCCGUACGGUAUGAAGUUCCUCAGUGAGAGUCUGAUGUGGCACAUCUCGUCACAGGUCGCUGAGCUGAAGAAACUGGUGGUGGAGAACAUGGAGGUUUUGACCCAGAUGAGGACGAGCUUUGACAAACCAGACCACAUGGCAGCCCUCUUCAAGAAACUCACCUCUGUGGACAGUGUUUUGAAGAGGAUGACCAUCAUCGGAGUCAUCUUGUCUUUCCGCUCCCUGGCUCAGGAGGCUCUGAGAGAUGUGUUAUCCUGUCAUAUUCCCUUCCUGGUCAGUUCAGUGGAGGAUUUCAAAGACCACAUUCCCAGAGAGACGGACAUGAAGGUGGCCAUGAACGUCUACGAGCUGUCGUCGGCAGCAGGUUUACCCUGCGAGAUCGACCCGGCGCUGGUGGUGGCUCUGUCCUCACAGAAGAGCGAGAACAUCAGCCCAGAAGAGGAAUAUAAGAUCGCUUGUUUGCUGAUGGUGUUCGUGGCCGUCUCAUUGCCGACCCUGGCCAGCAACGUGAUGUCACAGUACAGCCCCGCCAUAGAAGGCCACUGUAACAACAUCCACUGUCUGGCUAAAGCCAUCAACCAGAUCGCUGCUGCUCUCUUCACCAUCCACAAGGGAAGCAUAGAGGACCGCCUCAAAGAGUUCCUGGCUCUGGCCUCAUCCAGCCUGUUGAAGAUCGGCCAGGAAACGGACAAGAUGACGACACGUAACAGAGAAUCUGUUUACCUGCUGCUGGACAUGAUCGUGCAGGAGUCUCCCUUCCUGACGAUGGACCUGCUGGAGUCCUGUUUCCCCUACGUCCUGCUGCGAAACGCCUACCACGCCGUCUACAAACAGAGCAUCAGCGCUAACGCAUAAACACACACUACACACUACACACUACACACACAGAGACGGCCUACUGUGCUGUCUACCAUCAGAGCGUCAGCGCUCAUAUGUAGACACACACACACAAAAACAACAAACACACACCAACGGCAUACACUAAACUAAACACUAUGCCUACAAUGCCUCAACGUACAAUUCUGUCAAAACAAAACAUGCACAUAUAACACACUAAACUCUAAAAACCGGAACAAAUACACUAAACGCCAAAAGAACAUAAAUUAAAAAAAAAACAAAAGUGCACAAAGAUGACAAAAAACUAAAAUUAGACAAACUUGAAGAGCGACGGCGCCUCCGCACUGAAACAUAAGCGGACACACAAACACUAGCUGGAUGAAGUCGGGGGAUCAGUGUCUUUAUUUUAAUCAUUGUACUUUUUUGAUGAUGUUGCCAGGGACCAUAACCAUAGCAACACAUAAUAUACCAUAUGUUUGGUUGGUAUAAAAGGACAAAAAUAUAAAUAUAUAGUAUAUAUAUAGUUGACACUAAAAUAUUCUUUCUUUUUUCUUUUUCUUUUUUUUUUUUCGAUGAAAGAUUUGAGAUUUUUAGUGGCCAGCUGAUAACUUCUAUGUGGUGAUGGAUUUAUGGAUUUGGAUGCUUUCUUUGGGAAUGCAAAUGAUUCUGAUGUGAUGUGGAGUUUCUUUUUUUUUUUUUUUUUUUUUUUUUUUUUUUGCUUUUAUUGAGGAGGGUGGGUGAGGAUUCCUGUGUUGAUAAUGAAAGACACAUUGCUUGUUAAUGUAAGUUUACACACACAUAUAUACACACACACACACACACACACACAAUAACAAAACAUCCUAAAACUACACACACAGCAAU